AUGGCCAUGGUGGCCGACGACGCCCAGGUCGAGCGCCUCCACCAGCGAGCUGUCGACCAUUCGAGAUGGGCCCAUGCCGACACGCUCGUCUCGCUCGUCACCCUGCUGCAAUAUGCCUAUCCCAUCGUUAUGCUGUGCUUCUUCCUCGUCGCCUUUACCCUGCGUAGCAUUGCCGCCUCUAAUUCUAAUGCUAAUAUCUCGAAACCCACCACCCUUGGCCCUGGAGGCAAGCCGCUGCCCGCGACCGAUCCCACCCGCAACUUUGUCAAGAAGACGGCCCACGACCAUGUCACACACACCCAGAAGCGGCUCUUCGAAUGGGUUUCCCUGGCCACGGCCCUCACCUUUGUCGGCAAUUCUGCCGUCAUCAUUGUGCAUGCAUUGGUCAAAGAGAAGGAGCACUAUUGGGCUGGCAAGGCGGCUGUGAUUUAUCUCGUAGGCUCCUUCUUCGUCUACUGCCUGUUCCUCAUCUCCCUCCUCGAUUCGAAGCCCUCGCCAACCAUGGCCCACCUGGCAACAUGGACCUUGGCUACCGUGCUAGAAAUAGUACUGGUAGCCUGCUCUUUCGCCAUAUACACGCAUGCCCAUAAUGAGCGCACUGCGGGCCGCACCAACACCCCACUGCGCUUCCGCAUGACGAGCUGGGAAGCGGCUGAAGUGGCCAUGGACUUGCUCCGCAUCGUAUUGCUCCUCGCCCUAAUUGGCUUUUAUGUUGCCUUUGUUGUAUUGCCCCAGCGCAAGGUGCUAGAAGAGGCGGGAAGCUCGAGUGAAAGUACGGCGCUGCUGGGUGGCGCUGAUCGAAAUGGCCACGCGGAAAACGGUCACGCCAACGGCUCCUACGGCUCAGUCCAUCCGGUGGGUGGCAAACACCAACACACAGAGGGUGCACCGCCCGCCUGGAGUCGACCCACAGGCGCACCUGCGCGCAGCUGGUGGGAAUACAUCAAAGGCUACCAUGUCUUCUUCCCGUACCUCUGGCCUUCCAAGGAUCGAAAAUUGCAAGUCGUCGUCGUUCUUUGCUUCCUCCUCGUCCUCGCUCAGCGCGUCGUCAACCUGCUGGUUCCCGAUCAGCUGGGGAGCAUUGUUGCUCGUCUUGCACACAAGCAACCCGGCAGCCCCUGGACCGCCAUCAUCAUCUUCAUCUCGUUUCGUUUUCUGCAGGGCGGCAAUGGUCUGCUGGGCGCUGCACGAGCUGCCCUCUGGAUCCCCGUCUCGCAGUACUCGUAUCGCGAAUUGUCUGUUGCGGCAUUUGAGCACGUGCACAGCCUCAGCCUGGAUUUCCACCUCGGGAAAAAGACGGGUGAAGUCCUGUCCGCGCUUGGAAAGGGAAGCUCCGUCAACACCUUUCUGGAGCAGGUGACCUUCUCGGUGGUCCCCAUGCUGAUCGACUUGGUAGUCGCCAUUGUCUACUUUCUCGUCAAAUACGAUGCUUACUAUGCGCUCGUCCUCGCCAUUGUUACCUUCUGGUACAUCUAUCUGACGAUUCGCAUGGCGCAGUGGCGCGCUGAGAUUCGCCGAGAAAUGGUCAAUGCGGAUAGGGAAGAAGAUGCCGUCAAGAACGAUUCAAUGGUGUCGUACGAAACCGUCAAGUAUUUCAAUGCCGAAGCGUACGAGUUCAACCGCUACCGUGAGGCCGUCAAGAAGUACCAGAACGCCGAGUACAAGGUCAUGUUUUCGCUAAACGUGAUGAAUAUCACACAGAACAUGGUCUUCAUGCUCGGCCUGCUCGUGACCUGCUUCAUCGCAGCAUAUCAGGUCGCCACAGACCAGCAGGACGUAGGCAAGUUUGUCACGCUCAUUACCUACAUGGCUCAGCUUCAAAGUCCUCUUAAUUUCUUUGGCACCUUUUACAGAAUGAUCCAGUCUGCCAUGAUCAACUCAGAGCGCAUGCUUGAGUUGUUCAAAGAGCAGCCCACCGUGGUGGACAAGGAGGAUGCCAUUGUCCUGGCUUCGUGCGAAGGCAAUCUUCGCUUCCAAGACGUUCAUUUUGCCUACGACCAACGCAAGCCCGCUUUGACGGGUCUCGACUUUCACUGUAAACCGGGCACAACCACUGCAUUUGUUGGCGAGUCUGGAGGCGGCAAGUCAACCGUGUUCCGCCUCCUCUAUCGAUUCUACAACACCACAUCGGGAAGCAUUCAGGUGGACGGACACGAUGUCGAAGAUGUGACCAUCGAAUCAGUGCGCCGCCACAUUGGUGUUGUUCCUCAAGACACAGUCUUGUUCAAUGAGACGCUCAUGUACAACCUCAGAUACGCGAACCCAGAGGCAACGGACGAACAAGUGUACGAGGCAUGCAGAGCAGCGAGCAUCCACCACAAGAUCAUGACGUUCCCGGACAAGUACGAAACCAAAGUCGGUGAGCGCGGGUUGCGCCUUUCCGGGGGUGAAAAGCAGCGUGUUGCCAUUGCUCGUACCAUUCUGAAGAACCCCCGAAUCAUCAUGCUCGACGAAGCUACUGCGGCGCUUGACACGGAGACAGAACAGCACAUCCAGGAAGCGUUCACAACCUUGGCGCAAGGGCGUACCAUGCUCAUCAUUGCCCACCGACUUAGCACCAUCACUCACGCUGACCAAAUUCUCGUCCUGCACAAAGGCAAGGUGCAGGAGAAAGGAACCCACGAGGAGCUUCUUGAGCGCAAUGGCCAUUAUGCGGCCAUGUGGAAGAAGCAGAUACGAGCCCAGAGAGCGGCCGAGCAAGCCAAGGUACUGAAAGACAAAGCCGAUCGCCUUCGACGAGAGUCCAAGGACGGAACGAUUGGGCUUGACGAUUGCAGCAGCAGCCAUUCUGCUUCUUCGUCUGACGACGAGAGAGCGAAGAAACUCCGCUCUGGACCUCAGGAGGGUUCUUAUCGAGCCGAGGGCUCUAGCAAACCCCAUGGACACCCAUAG